AUGCUAAUGUGGGCCAUAUAUGCUGUCACUGAAGCGAUGAGAAGACUCCGACCGCAAGACAUGGAACUAAUUCAGAGCAAAAUAGUCCGCUAUCUGGCGAUGGCUGCCGUCGUGCUGAUGGUGGGCAAGACGCUCGCCCGGAGCGACACCGCGUCCACCAAGCCGUCCACAUACAGCCCCUACAGCUCGCUCAUGUACUCGCCAUACUCAUCGAUGAUGUCGUCGAUGUCGUCCAUGUACUCGCCCUACUCGCCGUCGAUGGCCUCCUCGAUGGUGAUGCCCUACUACUCGAGCGCCUACCCGUACGCGCCCUCAGCCGCCGCCGCCACCUCCUACGGCCACUCGUCGAGCUACGGUCACCCCUCGCAGUACGUGAUGGCCGCCAGUUAUCCGCACUCGGCGUACGUCCCGAUGCCAUACAUGGGUGGCUACGGCGCCUAUUCACCGGUUUCCAGUUAUUACGGAUAAUAUGUAUCUCUAUUUGUUUGAGACUCCGUUUCUCCC